AUGUCUGGUCAUGGACCCAGGCUGUCCAAGGUUAACCUCUUCACCCUGCUGAGUUUAUGGAUGGAACUUUUCCCCAAGGAGGAACCAGAAGACAUAAACCAGAAUGACUUUACGCGGGGUACAGGCCUGGUGGUGGUUCGGGACCAGAGGGUGGUGGGUCUCCACUGCUCCGGUCCAGAGCUCCACGUGGGGCAGGUAGCUGUGAUCAGACACGGGCCCAGGCUGGCUGCCUCAGACCUCUACUUCUCUAGGAGACCCUGCGCUACCUGCCUCAAGAUGCUUAUCAAUGCUGGGGUGAGCCGCAUGUCCUUCUGGCCUGGUGACCCUGAGAUGAGUCUGCUAGCGGUCAGGCCUAAUGGGACGGACUCCAUUUCCCAGGAGGCCAUGCUGGACGCCAUUGCGUCCGAGAAGCUGAAGUCCAACAGCCGGCCCCACAUCAGUGUAGUGGUGCAGCCCGUGGCCCCUGGCCUGCAGCAGUUUGUGGAGGAGACCUCCAGGGGGUGUGACUUCAUGGAGAAGGUGUCGGGGGAUGACCCAGAAUUGGACGCUGGGGACUUCUACUGGAAGCAGAGGAGACGGAACCUGGACACUUUCUCAGAAGAGUUCCUAAUCCCACACGAACAGUGCCACCGUGACAUUCUCACCAAAAUAGGUCUGGAGAACUUCUGUAUGGAGCCGUACUUCUCCAACCUGCGUCAGAACAUGAGGGAGCUGGUCGGUGUUCUGGCCUCAGUAGCUGCUAGUGUGCCUCUUCUCCAGCAUGGAUUCUACAGGAAGGACUCCCAGCCUGCAACCUCGGAGCAGCCCCAGCCUCAGGGGGUGUCCCAGGAGAUUGCCAGACACUGCAUCGUACAGGCCAGACUGUUGGCCUACAGAACAGAGGACCCUAAGGUUGGGGUUGGUGCUGUCAUUUGGGCAGAAGGGAAAUCAGGUGGUUGUGAUGGCACGGGGCGGCUGUACCUGGUGGGUUGUGGGUACAACGCCUACCCAGUGGGCUCAGAGUACGGAGAGUACCCCCAGAUGGACAACAAACAGCAGGACCGCCAGAGGAGAAAGUACCGCUACAUCAUCCACGCUGAGCARAACGCACUCACCUUCAGGAGUGACGAGAUCCGCGAGGAGGAGAACACCAUGCUGUUUGUGACUAAGUGUCCGUGUGAUGAGUGUGUCCCUCUGAUCCGAGGAGCUGGGAUCAAGCAGAUCUACACCACUGACCUGGACAGCGGUAAAGACAAGGGAGACAUCUCCUACCUCAGAUUCCACGGCCUCCAAGGAGUCCUGAAGUUCAUUUGGCAGAAGUCCUCUCUGGCCAGGAGAGCCUCUGAACAUGCUGGUCUUCAUCUAGCCAAUGGAUGUGUGGGGAAGCAUGGGAGACAGCCUGAACAGGCCCUUCAAUCCAAUAAGAGGUUACGGUCAGCAACAAACCCAGACCGUUCCCCUGUUUGUUGAACAAUGGUACCUGUAGCUUUCAGUCUGGUUUCACCAGGCUACGGUCCCCAGGCUCUUGUUGGCAUUGGAAACGUUUCAUUUAUCCAAUCGCAUAUUGAUCAGUGAUUCAAGUAAGGAAGGAUACAUUUUAACAAUGUUGGAAAUUCAAAGGCCUCUUUAUACUCCCCUGUAAUGGACAGUUUCAAGGAGUAAACUCAAGGUGAUUUUAAAGGACUGACUGUAUAGAUAUUUAAAAAAAAGUUAUUGCAAGGCUUGUAUGUAUAAGUGAACUGUAAAUGUGUGUUUCCUAAUUGUUUGUCUGAGGAGUUUACAAUGAAAGUUGUAUGAAGGCUACUGUUGAUUGUAGCUUUAAGUUUACUAUAGUUCUUCCAGACUUGAAGAAUCCAAGUCMCAUCCCAGCCAGUGCAGGCUAUCGCCACUAUAUUGCACUUUGCCUCAAAGGAUAAUAACUCCUAGACCCAUGCAA